CUUCCUGAGUCGCUCUGAAGGAUUCUUCUCUCCCCUCUUCUCUCUGGCUGGCUGGAGGAAAAGUGGGCGUUUGCUUCUUCCUCGAGCACUGAGAACUCAGUAGAGCUAGCUAUUCCAGCGCGAGACUGCUCUGUACGGCACUGUACUGCACGCGCUGCGCGUUCCCCCCACCACCCCCUCUCAAGAUAUGCACGUGAAUAUACGCACGCCUGUUUUAAGCCUCGUGAGAAGGCAGUAUAAUCCGUUAAUUUUGAAUGUAAAGAAUUGUAAGAACAGUCUACACUGAGACGUUUUGGGGUUGGUUUCUUUUCUUUUUUUUUUUUUUUUUUUUGGACCGAACAUGGCGAACGGAAAUCUUUACGAUAACCGGCGCAUCGUGGAAAAGUAUCUGAACCACAAACUGUCGAAAAACGGCCACGCGCGGGAGUUCCAUCGGUGUCACGCGAGCAGUCUGGACGAACAGGAGGAGCGCGAGAAGGAGAGCGCGCGCCGCGCCACUCUUCACAGAGCUUUGCGCGAGGCAGGAGACGAGCUGGAAAGCAUGUACCGACCGGACUUUGCGGAGAUGACGAAGCGCCUGCGCGCGACACCGAUGGGCGCAGAGCAGCGGCGCUUCGCGGCCGUGGCGGACGAGCUGUUCCGCGACGGAGUCAACUGGGGUCGCGUGGUGGCCUUUUUCGAGUUUGGCGCGAUGGUGUGCGUACAGUGCGCGUCGGACGCCGAGAGGAGCGCGUGCGCCGAGAACGUCGCGCGCUGGAUGGCCGAGUACCUGAACGGCCCGCUGAACGGCUGGAUUCAGGAGAACGGAGGAUGGGAUGCCUUUGUGGAGCUGUACACCAGGAAAAAGGACUCGGUGUUCAGCAGCUCCUGGCCGUCCUUGACCACCUCCGUCUUCAGUCUGGCGGCGCUGGGGGCAGUCGGCCUCACCAUCGGGGCUUAUCUCACUCAGAAAUGAAGAACUCCAUCUAUCCUCUCCUCCAUCUCCUCCCUCCAUCCUUCCAUUCCUCCAUUCCUCCCUCGUUCCCUCAGCAUCUUCAAAGAGAAACACCCAUAUUCCCGUCAUUUUCCAAGUCCAUCAUUCGUUCACAGAAGACUCGGAUGUGAAAGCAAAAGCCAAGUAAGGAUGUGUCCCUGUAAAAAACAAGCUGAGUAAAAAGAAAAGAAAAGAAAAGAAAAGAAAAGGUUCACUCGUCUUGAGGAAAAUUGCCCCGACUCUUCCCUUCCGUGGAUGUACGGAAGCUAAGUUUAUGACUUUCAUAAGCAGCUGUUUGUCCACUCGAUCACGGCUGCUGCUGCUGCUCCGAUCAUGCUAGUCGUCUAUAUCAUGUUAGCGCCAAGCUAACAGUCAGGAACCGCAGUGUUCCUGUGAUUGCUGGAGUUAAGAAACACUAACAAAGUACGCAAUGUGAAAAGAACACUGUUGCUAGGCAACUGGGGGGCAAUACAUUCGCCUGGCUGAAGCCUCCUCCCUCCUCUCUCCUCUUAUUCGACUGUAAAGGAUAUUGAAAUUAGCUAACUGGCUGUUAGGUAACGCCACAGCGACGGAGGAAGCGGCACGGAAAUAUCCGGAACGUCGACAUUUCUCUCAGACGUGUGGAGGACAUCAGGAAGUCAAGACUUCUUGUGUGGCUAAAAUGACUGUAAUUAGUGUUCAGUGGGCGGAGCAACAACGCAGAAAGUGUGUGUGUGUGUGUGUGUGUGUGUGGAACUGUCUUGGAAUAUUCAGGAAAAACUACGGUACUCCUGUGAGACGGAACGAAAGAGGAGAUGAAGGGAAAACAGGGUGAGGGGCGGGGCGGAGAGCUGGUGCCAUCUGUGACAUCAUAAAUUUGACGUCAUUCAGCUGUGACAUCAUUACCAUGGCUUUUUUUUUUUAAAGUAUCUACCUAUAUAUAGUUUAUAUAUAAAAAUAUCAAACUCGAGACUCAUCACUCGCUUCUGGAAAAAGAAAAGAGCGAUCCGAGAAUCUGAAGAAGAAUCCGAACUCCUGCUGAUGUACAGAACACUGACCGAAAAAAGGUCUCUCUCUCUCUCUCUCCAUCUCUCCCCCCCUCUUUCUCUCAGUCUCUCUCUCUCUCUCCAUCUCUCCCCCCCUCUUUCUCUCAGUCUCUCUCUCUCUCUCUCCAUCUCUCCCCCCCUCUUUCUCUCAGUCUCUCUCUCUCUCUCUCUCCAUCUCUCCCCCCCCUUUCUCUCAGUCUCUCUCUCUCUCUCUCUCUCCAUCUCUCCCCCCCUCUUUCUCUCAGUCUCUCUCUCUCUCUCUCUCUCUCCAUCUCUCCCCCCCUCUUUCUCUCAGUCUCUCUCUCUCUCCAUCUCUCCCCCCUCUUUCUCUCAGUCUCUCUCUCUCCAUCUCUCCCCCCCUCUUUCUCUCAGUCUCUCUCUCUCUCUCCAUCUCUCCCCCCCUCUUUCUCUCAGUCUCUCUCUCUCUCUCUCCAUCUCUCCCCCCCUCUUUCUCUCAGUCUCUCUCUCUCUCUCUCUCUCUCCAUCUCUCCCCCCCCACUAUCUCAGACUCUCUCUCUCCCUCUCUCUCUCUCUCUCCCCAUCUCUCCCCCCCUCAUUCUCUCAGUCUCUCUUUCUCUCUCUCUCUCUCUCUCUCCCUCUCAGUCUCUCUCUCUUUCUCAUUGUCCUCAACCUGAUUUCAGGCGUUUAUGUGAGUUUGUGGGAUUAUGACAUCACUAGUGUGUGUUAUGAUGUCAGAGGUCAGAGGCUGGAGGUGGAAACAGACCUUCAUGUUUUAGCUGCUCUUAAAAAAAACAACAACAAAAAAAACCUGCUGCUGGACAAACUGGCCGGUCCAAUAUGACCAGCGUAUCCAGCUGACCGUCCAGCUGACCGUCCACUUUAACUUCAACACACUGAGAGGAUUCAGAAGCUUCGUUCUAACGGUUGUGUUUUAUGUAAAAAACAAAACAAACUGACUGUAGGACCGAGGAAUGAAGGAGAAGGAAAAAAUGAGGUGAAGGAAAAAAAACAGCAAAAACAUUAUAAUGUGUUUUAUUUUUUUAACUGAAAUUAUCACUAAAAUUAACAAUCAUUCGAAUAAAACUUUAACGAUACGGCUAAAUCAUCGUUUCCCCUGUAGCUAGCGUCAAGCUCGUACUUCGUAAUUUCUUAAAAAAUGUCAGAUUCAUGUUUGGUUAAAAAAUAAUUAAUAAUCAAGUGGUUCAAUGAUUACUUAUUAAAAUGCUUCAAAAUAAAUUUUACAAAAUUAUAAAUACAAAAAAAAAAAAAAAACAGAAAAGUGACACAUUUUUGCAAUUUUUUACAAUUUCAUUUUAUUCUGUUUAAUAUUUAUAUAUGAAUAUUAAUACUUUAAUUUAAAUGUAUAAAUUACUCGCUUCAUUAAAAUUAUUUAUUACUCGCUUAAAGCUGAUUUAUAGCAAAAAAAAAUUUUUUUUAAUGAGUUUGGAAAAUAUUGAAGAAAUUUAACUUCAAUUCCUUUUUUAAAAAAAAAAUCAGUAAAAUUCCAGCAUUACUGAAUAAAAGAGGCGACUUACAAGUGUGUUAAUGCUAAUGUUGCUAAUAAAGACGUCUGGAACGUUUCUGAGAGAAAAUGUAUGUAGGAUUUAGAGAGAGAGAGAACAGAGAGAGAGAGAGAGAGAGAGAGAGAACAGAGAGAGAAAGAGAGAACAGAGAGAGAGAGAACAGAGAGAGAGAGAGAGAGAGAGAGAGAGAGAGAGAGAGAGAGAGAGAGAGAGAGAGGGUGGGACAGGAAACAGGAAGUAGUAGCAGGUACAGGUGUUGUAGUCAGGAAGCUGAAAGUCGAUCACGUCUCACCUGACUCUCCUCCUCUGUGCUGGAUUUGAUCUUAUAUUUAAAAAAAAGGAAAAAAAAAGAUAUUUAUUGAACAUUAAGCAUGUUCUUUCCUGGUUACCGUGGCAACGACGUGAUCCACCGUCACUUUUAUUUUAGAAUAGAAUUAAAUCUUCAUUUUUUUCAGAUGAAAUUAAGGGGAAUGGAUCUGUUACAGGAAAUACUUUUUUUCUGUAGUGUAUUACAUUUCUUUAAAAAAAAAAAAACAAUUAUGGGUUUUUGAAUUUUUAAAAAAAAAAUUUUUUUUAAAAAUCUUUUUUAAGAAUUUGAAAUUUAAAUUUUUAAAAAUCCCCAAAUUUUAAAAAUACAGACUUCAGUUUGGUCUAAGUAAUUAUUUAAAAAAAAAAAAAAAAUGUUCUAUGUUCUUUCCUCCGCUAGCGAACAUCCGCUGGCUGUUUAACAGGAAGUAGAUUUUUUUUUAAAAACAUCUUUAUUCAGGGUUCAAAAUUUUUGUUUUUGCUCAAAAACUCUAAAAACACGUCUCUAAAAAUUUUUUAAAAAUGAUGUUAAAAGCAAAUCUUCCAACCGGCGGAAAAAAACAAAAAUCAUUAGCAGAAAAAUAAAUAAAUAAAUAAAUAACGCUAUUAAAUCCACAACAGAAACAAAAAUGUGUGUUUAAUGUGAGGUGUAAAUAAUUACAAAUACUUUUAAUAAUUAAUAAAUACUUUUGGAUAGCUUCUGAGGUCUGAGAUAGUAAAAAAAAAAAAAAAACAUUUAAUAAAUAAAAAAAUUUCCAGGUUUAAAUGUUCAAACACCAAAACUGAGAAAAAAUUAAGUGUUAAUUAAGUGAUUUCGGGAAAAAUGCUGGAUUGUUAAAUUCCUCUAGUGUGUGUGUGUGUGUGUGUGUGUGUGUGUGUGUGUGUGUGUGUGUGUGUGUGUGUAAAAUCUCCCUUGUCAUUAUUUAUUUAUUA